AUGGCGGACGCGUCCAUCGAGUCGCUGGCGAGCGGCGCCAUCGCCGCCGGCUGCCUGCAGGCCGUCAUGAGCAUGGUGCACCCGGAGCUGGUGCGCUUCGUGGCCUUCCAGAAGGAGCGCGUGGCGCGCAGCGACGCCGAGCAGGAGCGCAACAACACGUCGCGCCACGUGCGACGGCGGCGCCCCGAGCCCGACGCCGACGCCGAGGGCCUGAGCCCCGAGCAGCAGACGGACCUGUCCUUCCAGCUCAAGUACCUGCGGCGCCACUGGCACAGCCACCUGCGCUCCUUCGGGCUGGACCCGGAGCUGCCCGCCGUGGUGCAGCGCGCGCUGCUGUAUAGGAACAAGGUCUCGCACCAGAGCCAGCUCACGCUGGCGCAGUACGAGAACGCCAUCGCCACGUUCGAGAAGCUGGCGGACAUCAUCGAGUGCAACGCGCUCAUCCGCCAGCAGAUUAAGGAGCUCGUGACCAAGCUGCUGUCCUUUUCGCCUCUAGGUAGGAAGCAGGCGGCCGCGGAGGCUGCAGAGCAGCCCUCGAACCAGGUAGAGAGGGAGAUCGGGGUGAAGGAGGCCAAGUCCGGGCUCGUGGACCCGGUGUCGAUGGAGCCGACACCCCCUCCGGCCUCUUUGGAGCAGAUUUUACAGCAUAACUAUCUCUACGACGGAGACGAGAACGAAGACCCGCUGUGGGUGGAUCUGAAGCUCAUUGGCAAUGAUUACUUUAAAGAGGGGAACUACACGGAGGCUAUUGAGGCGUACUCUCAGGCGCUGGAGGUGGCGCCGAACCAGACAGUGCUGUUUGGCAACAGAGCCAUGUGUUACUUGAGGUUGAAGGAUUUUGAGUGUGCGCGCGAAGACGCCGAGGACGCGCUGGAUGCCGACAAUUACGAGAACGUCAAGUACUACAGGCUGCUGUCUGAGGCGAUGAUGGGCAUGAAGGACUACGAUGAGGCUAAGGAGAUCUGUGCUGAAGGACUCGAGCUGGACCCGAAAGAUGCGACGUUGCUCAGUAGACGGCGCACUGCCGAGGCGAUGAUCCAGAAAGAGAAGGAGGAGUAUGAGAAGGAGAAGAAGAGGAAAGAGCAAGAGGAACGAGCAAACGUUGUGGCUGCAAAUGCAGCAGCUGCAGAGGCGGCCGCCAAAGCUGCCCCGGAACAAGCGAAACCUGGUAAGAACAAGAGCAAGAACAAGAAGAAAAACAAGGCCAAGAAUGCAUUGCCGGAGAUUGAGCUGGUGCCGAUGAUCAACUACCAGGAAGUGCCAGCUAAAUGGAUCGAGGUCCAUACGCGUGGGUCUCGUCGCCUUGAAAUGUACCAGGCAGGAAUGGAGAAUCUCGUCGUAGCGGCGAAAGCACUUCUUCAGAUCACUGACAGCAUUGGGACUCCAGCUAGAGCUUUACUGCCGCUCGAUGACCUGGUGAAAGAGGGCAUGACGAAUCUCCGCAUAGCUGGUGAGGCAGGCGUCGCAGAGGCGUGGUUUCGACUUGGUGUGCUUUACAGCAGCAGCGUGCGCAAGGGUAUACCGCUUACAGCUGAUCCUCACAAGAUGAUGGAGUGCUUUCACAAGGCAGCCUCGUUGCGUCCGUUUAUCAGACCGCCUGGAAACCGUGUGUUCCCGCAUCAAGGUGUGGCUGAAGCGGAGAACGAGCUGGGCGUGUGCUAUCGCGACGGAAUCCCGGCUCCUGUCGUGGAAGCUGAUCUGAAAAAGGCAUUCCACUUUUUCCUAAGGUCAGCAGAACAUGACUACCCCGUGGGGCAGUACAAUGUGGCUAUUGCGUAUUCGACAGGUAGCGGAACGCCUGUUGACGCGUUUGCAGCACGAAUGUGGACAUCGCGUGCAGCACAGCAUGGCCUGCCUGAAGCGCAGCAGUACCUAGCGCAGCUAUUCGAAAAGGGCUAUGGUGGGAGACGCGAUGAAAGCCAAGCUCGAGAAUGGUCAAUGACGGCCAGUCAGAACCGGAUCACAGAUCUGUUGAUGAAGCAUGAUUUUGCUGACGUGGGCGUCCAUGUUGUGGGAGGAGGCGACAUUGCAAACAAGUUUUCGAAAAAUCCUGCCGUCUCACAGCGCGGAAAGGAAGUCUUUCAGGAAUUCUACGACGCUUACUUGGACGAAAAAGGUUACGACAGCGGCCCGGACUUCAGCGUCGGUGUAGAUACUGACGACGAAGAUGAGAUCAAGAUCACGAAGGUCAGCUCGUACACACCCAGCACUACAUCUUCAUCCGACCACUUUGGGAGAGCGGGAAUUUACCGACCACAUUCUGCGGUUAUUGAUGCUGAAAUUCAAGCUCGCGCAAAGGCCGGAGGUAUUACAGCUUGCAAGUACCUUGCAUCCCAGAAACUUAUUGAAAGUGCGGAGAGACUGCUCGCCACUGGUGACAUUAAAGGCGCCUUGCGAGAUAUGAAGAAGGCAGACUUGACGUGGGAACGACCGAAGAGCGUAUUUACGACUGCCGUCGGUCCAAAAGAAUUGCUGGCCAAGGUUCUCAAGGAAGCUGCUGUAAGCUUCCAGAUUAAUCCGAGAGAUAUCGACGCCGCGUACGUGAUUGGCAGGUGGGAGAUGAUGAGCGACCAAGACAUCAUUCUUCACUGGAAACGGUGCGUGAAGAUGCAUCCGAACGAAGCUUCUUUCCACUUUUACCUAGGCACCGCGUAUUUGACGCUCGAGCGCUACAAUGAUGCCAUGGACUCAAUUGAAGCCGCAUUAGCCAUCGAAAAGAAACCGGAUUGGCUUUACUGGUUCGCUGCUCCGAUGAUCGGACUGGGUAUGAUUGACCCGGCACUGUCUGUCUACAAGGAAUACGUCGACAGCAAUCCCCCCGACGAGCGAUUCAUACCAGACGCGUGCUAUUCUAUCGGAGCGCUGUACUUCAAGAAGUACGACAAUGCCAUGGCUACUGUGUAUCAUGAACUCGGGCAGAUGGCGGAGUCGGUUGCUAUUCGCUUUCCUGCCUUUUAUCCUAAGGUUCUGUUUGACACCGCGAAGGAAUCUCUCCGCUCUGGCAUGAAGAAGAACGGGUACAUGGAGUCGUCCGUGAUUGCGAGCGUCAUGGCCCAGAACAUGAUCGAGUGCGAAUUCUGCAAGACAAAGAUCAAGCCUACCCAGUUGUUCAGCCACAAGUUGUCCAAGUGCCCGCGCCGUACUGUCGUCUGCGAGCUUUGCGAUGAUCGUAUGGUCUUCGAUGCUCUGCAACCUCACCGUCAAUCUCGCCAUGCCGUCGCGGGUAAAAGCAAAAAGAAGAAAAGCAAGGGAAAGAAGCGCGUCCAGACAACCGCUCCAGAUGCCCCGGCCCCGCAACCCAUGGUUAAGACUGAGGUCAGCGUCACGAACUCCGCUCCGACGCAAAGCAGUAAUCUGCAAGAAUUGGCUACGCCCAAGUUUCAUUUCGCUGGCGCCAUUCUCGAGAUCACAGAAGCGAAAGGCACCUCCAACCAGACAGUGCUCACACUUAAGACAGUCCUUGAUCAGCGCUGGACGCUACGUGUAAAUCACAGCUCGCCUCCGGCAGGAUCAAGUGCGCUGUUUGACGUAUCGAAAGCCAUCGAAGGAGCCGCUGCGGACAACUCAAUCCUGGUGUUUUGGCGUCGUCCUCCCCCGCUGGAAGCCAUUGACAGACGUGCGCUCGCUGUGCCCAUGGAAGGUGAGAUCUACGGCCAGGACGUGGUGAUUUACAUCUUGACAUGUACAUCCCAAGCGCUUGGCUUUGAGCUGUGCCAGCUUAGACACAACAAGUACAUGGAGAACGGGACCAUGUGCGCUGCUUGCGGCAAUCCAGCGUAUCCGGGUGAGAAGCUGUCAGCUUGCGGUGCUUGCAAAGCAGUCAAGUAUUGCUCGCGAGAUUGCCAGCGAGUGCACUGGAAGCGCAUCCAUCGCCACAUGUGCCAGAACGCCACGCUGUUGAGUAGCUGUAUCACGAUGAGUGAAGACGUCACUCCAGAUGAGAGGGCUGGCCCCAGAAAGCAGGCAGCCGAGCGCCAGCAGCAAUCAACAAGCAAGGAGAAGAAUGCUGCUCCCACUAACGUCAGACAUGAGGACGCUGUCUUUGUCGAUGACACACUGAAAAUCUUGGAGGACAUUCUGAAAGAUACCAAGGCGAAGGGCGAUCACUGUAACGGUGAAGACGUGAUCGAGUACUGUAUGCUACCGCCCCGCGAUCCCUCGCGACCUGAAGCCAUUUCAGGCAGUGUUCGUAUGUUCCGACGAUCUGUCGCCGGCGCGAAUGAGUUUGUGGCCGAGAUCGCUGUUGGCUACUUGAUGUCCUCGCCUACUCUUCUACAGCAGCAAGAGCUGCACUACUUCUUUCAGAUCCCGCCGCACAACCCGCUGAAGCUCAAGUGCGACGGAACCCUGGUGUACCUGGACACGUGCACCGUGCACACGGACGACAGAUCUGCCAGAGGUUUCCGACUUGUGAUGCAGAUGCCGCUCGCCACGUAUUCGCUUCGCGCGAUCGCCGAGCUCCUGGACUACCUGCUCUCAAACACCAAUCUCUACCUGACGUGCUAG